AUGCCUCUUAAAAUCUACAAGUUGGACGCGAGUCCCCCUGCCCGGGCGGUGAUGAUGUUAGCUGAGCUUCUGAAGCUCAAGCACGAGGCUGUGGACGUCAACCUGAUGACUGGAGAUCACCUCACACCAGAGUACUUGAAGAAGAAUCCACAACACACAGUACCACUGCUGGAAGAUGGUGACUUCUAUGUAGCUGACAGUCACGCCAUUAACACAUACUUAGCCUCAAAAUAUGGCGGUGCACAGUCAGCGCAGCUAUACCCUACAGACCUCCAAGUCAGAGCGACCAUCGACUCAAGGCUGUACUUCGACAUCUCAGCCAUCGCAGGAAACUCGGGUGCUAUAGUUAGUGCACUUCUUCGUGGAGAUAUCACAUCCCCCACUAAAGAACAAACCGACAAGCUGAACUCCGCCUAUGAAAUUUUGGACAAAUUUUUACAGAAGACCAAAUACGUGGCAGCAGAUCAUCUGACAGUGGCUGACAUUUCACUGGCAGCUAGUUUAUCAUCGGCAUCCCUUUUGGUCCCUAUUGACGAGAAGUACAGUAAAUUGACGGCCUGGUUCAACACAAUCCAACAGGAGGACUGGUACAAGAAGGCUAACGGACCAGGACUAGAAGCAUACAAAGCAUUCGUGCAGUCCAAACUGAAGUAG